UCAUUUAUUUUAUGUAUUCAAAACAUUAUUCUUUGCGAACUUUUAAUCACUAUUAUGUAUCUCUAAAAUAUGGUAGCAACGUGUUGAUUCGUCGUAAAGAAAUGUUUCUUUACCAUCUCCGUUUAUUGUUACGACAAACGAACCCAUUCAAGACCGUGCAUCGUUGUGCCAGGCACUUGCUGAUACUGCGAGAGGCGCGGUGUUUAGCGCACGCUUGUUGUUGGUGGGUGGAUAUCGAUAUCAAAAUAACACUAUCGAUACCGCAUCGAGUUCCAGGCAGGCCCCAGUCACGACGCGGACGAGUUACGCAGCGCGCUAGUUUAUUGCGUUAAAUUGCGAAGUUUGUUAUGCAGACACGACGUUGCUGCUGCCCACAGUGAAGUGAUUUUUUGAUAUCAAGAACCAUCUAUAAGCAGAUAGUUGGCUUAUUUUCAUGCAGUUACAUUAAAUUUCAGAAAAAAGAAUGAAAGGUCCUACUAGACCAGCACCAGGUGUACCUAAGCCAGCAGUCAAUAGAUAUUCUCCAGUGACCAAUUGGAAUGAUGACCCUUUUGGUGCAGAUUUGUUUGAACCAGCCCCAUAUGUGCAGAAGAAAAUGCCUCCCCCACGUCCUCCCCCUCCGAAAGUAGGCAACAAGCAACCUGAUGUUCCUGUUAAGCCUUCUCACUUUGUUAGAAGACCAACAGUAUUGUCUUCUCUAUUAUCCCGUAAGAAGAAUAGUAGUAACAAUCAUGCCAAUCAACACAAUGUUACUGAUCUACCUAAUGAGGUGGAUACAAGUAAAGUGUUCCCAAAAUGUGAGCCAAAGAAUAUUCAAACGGGCACUCUCAUAGACUUUUCCUCGCCACCGAGCUCCCCAACAUUUACCACAAGGUCCAGCAGUGAUGGUCUCAGUGUGGACAGUUUUGGAUCGGAUGCUACAACUUCUACGAAUCACCAUAAUGCAAAUAAUGGUGGAAAUGCAUCCCAGGCUGAAAGUGGAUUUGAAGAUGACUUUGAUUUAUUCUUGAAUUCUAGGAAAAAGGUUACAAAAGAUGAUACAUUUGAUGAUUUGGCUACAAUUGAUCCUUUUUCACCUCAGCCUGUUGUGAAUAAACCUCCCAUUAUGAAGAAACCUAUAAUAAAUAAGGAUUUGUUUGAGAUGCAAACGAGUAACCAGCCAAUAACAAUAAUAAAAGGCCCUACAAUAAUCAGAGCAAAGCCAGCCAGGCCUAAGCCUCCAGACAACUCUGCUUUGUUGAAGACAACGUUUGGAAGCACCUUCCCAGUCACUCCCAUGACUAUAAACACUACGACUCCAAUUCAAAAAAUUUGUAAUGGCUUUGGAGAUACUUUUGAAUCUAGGCUCGCCUGGGACAGUUCUCCCGAGCCGUCGUCGCCGCCGAUGCCGUCCGUCCCGCCCCCGCCACCGCCUCCGGAGGCAGACGAGGAUCUACCAGUGGAGUGGCCCGAAGAAGUUGACUUCAACUCGGAGCCAAACUUCGACUGCGCUGAAACGGAGAAGCCAUACGCCAUUGCUCUGUUCGAUUACUUUACGGAUCACCCAGAUGACCUCUGUUUUUCGGCAAACUCGAGGAUCAACCUGAUACGUAGAGUGGACCACGAGUGGCUUUACGGGAGUCUUCGCAGCGGCGCCGAAGGGUUGUUCCCGUGCAGCUACGUCGAGAUCAAGGUGCCUCUCCCGAACGAGGCGAAGCCGGCCCACUUUGCCACGGCCACGGCUCUCUACGACUUCGAGCCGGCGCAACCAGGAGACCUACGCUUCCGUAUAGGAGACACAAUAACAGUACUGCAGAAAGUCAGCGAUGAAUGGUACUUUGGAGAAUGUAACGGCAUGAAAGGACAAUUCCCCGUCAAUUACGUGCAACUAAGCUAAAUAAGCCCCAAUUAAAUGCCCCAGGUAGACAUACUACUCCAAUGUGAUACAUUGCAUGAAGACUGACUGUCUAUCAUAUCAAAAGGGCCAGUUUCAUACACUUGUUGAUAAAGUCGCUGACAGCCUAAAACUUAACUGUUAGAUAAACUACAAAUCUUGUUUUAACAGGUCUCGAAAAGUGAUAGAUGUCUGGUAGUUGGCGAUUUUAUUAAAUUUUCUUUGAUAGAUGACAACUAUCUACAUUUUUUUAUAAAGAAACCGGUCCUUAAUCUUAACUACCCCUCGACGAUAAUAUGGGGGGUAUAAUAGUUAAUACUAGUUAGUGCAAUAUAUUUCCAAUUUUGCUACAUGACAACAUUUAGAGAGCACCUUUUUGCGUAACCAACGUCCAUUUUUACGAAAAAUUAGACAAUUUAAGCCAUUUAUUAUGUACAAUUACUAAAAUGAGUUUUGCACUCUUGUUGCCAUAAUAAAACUAAGUAGGUGUAUGUACAGGUAGUUUUUAACGGACGAAUAAAGUGGCCUGUAUAUGAGCGUUAUUUAAAAAUGCAAGAUUAGUUUGUAAUGACUGAUUGUAAAUAUUAGUGCUUUUAUUUAACUAAAACGCCCCUUCGUUAGAGUAUUAAUUAUCUUAGUUGGUAAAGGUUGUGUAAUUAUAUUACGUUUAUGUAUAAUAGUCCUGAUAUGAUCUGAAAAUUUAGUUGUAUACAUAUUAUUAUAGUUUUGCUACUUAUUUUAUACCUGAGAUUACAGCCGAGUGGCUGAGUUAGCAGCUUGUAGGUGACGUUAUAAUGCUUUAAAUUGUAUAUUAUGUUUUAUAACUAAACCAAAUACUACAAUGCAGUAAGUAUCCAUUUUCUUUGUCAAGCAAAGUGUGGGUUACUCAAUAAGUUUAACUUAAAAAGCAAUUCGUACGACGCGUUACAAAAAUAUAUGUAUUUAUUGAUGCCAUGUAUAAUAUAAUCAGCUGAUAAGUUAACGUUACUUCUUAUGUUGGUUUAUAAAGUCAAUAUUAUGUUGUAAUUGUAUCUAUGAAAUCCAAUUAUUCUACGUACAGUUGAUAUAUUUUUUGUAAUAAUUUGUAUAUUUUGUUAGGUUCUGUUUGUGUCAUUUAAAUGUUAAUAAUUAUUGUUUCGAGGGACCAUAAUAUUAAGUGCCUUAAGUAUUUUUGUGUAUAAUACAAUGAAUUUAUUUAUGUAUAAGUAAUGAAAUAAAAUCUAAAUGUCAAUUA